UAUUAAAAUACAUACAUAUAUUUCCAUAGUCAUUAAUGCAUUGAAAACACCAGUUGCGAUCGCGAGCGCGCAAACUGAAGACCCAUGCGCAAGCGACUGGUGGAGGCCCUCCGAUAAGUGGAAUGACUCCAUUCGAGGAGCAAGCCAUAACAACAUUUGGGGCAGCAGCGGUGGAUGGAUUGCCGGGUGUUGCGACUUUGGGUCAUCAGGUUUUGCCGUUGUAUAUAAAUACACAAGCUCUAGCUUCCUCGCCUGCUCCAGCACCCUCACUAGCAGUCGCAUCGCCUGCUCCAGCGCCAACACCAACAGUCGCAUCGCCUGUUCCAGCAUCUUCACUAGCAGUCACAUCGCCUGCUCCAGCUUUUCCUGCUUUAUCAAUAAAUUUUUCUUCCUCGCCUUCACCUCAUUUUUCUUCUUCACCAUCACCUCCAUCUUCUUCCUUAUCUCCUCCCAUAUUAUCUUCUCCUAUGCCAUCGUCUUCUUAUAUCCCUCCCGAAAAAUUGACUGCAGCGAAGAUGCUUGGAACAGUGCUAAAAAAAAUGGAGGACAGAGAAAAGCGAGAGGAGGAGGCCAUUGCUCUACAAAGAAAAAUUGUAGAGCAAAAUGUGCAGAUGGCAGGGGUGCUGGCUCAAAUGACACAGGCACUAGCCUCGCUGUCUGAGGUUAUGUCUAAGUUGUUCCAAAAAUUGGAUAAAUAA